AUGAGGAUUGAAAAGUGCUACUUCUGCUCUACGAACGUCUAUCCAGGACAUGGCUCGGCCUUUGUCCGCAACGAUGCCAAAGUCUUUCGAUUCUGCACCUCAAAAUGCCACAAAAACUUUAAGAUGAAGCGCAAUCCUCGUAAAGUGAGAUGGACGAAGGCGUUCAGGAAGGCUGCCGGGAAGGAGAUGACCAUCGACUCGACAAUCGAUUUCGAGAAACGCAGAAAUGUUCCUGUUCGCUACGACCGCGAGCUCGUAAAGACGACUUUGAAGGCUAUGAAGCGUAUUGGCGAGAUCAAGCAGCGAAGAGAGCAUGCGUUCUGGAAACACAGGUGCGUUGGCCAAUAA